AUGUUGAAGAGGUUCUUUAGCAGUUCAGGACUCAGAGGUACCCUUAUCAAGUGUACACAAUCAGACAUGCCAACUGUCAUUGCUUUUCCUGACUUAUUAGAAAAUCCUGAAAGUCUUCGCCCACUAUUUAACAAAAAGCUCCAAGAAAUCAGGAACAUUUGGCUUUUGAAUUACAGGAACUCUUGGCUUGGAGAAAGGACUGACUCCAUGAGUCCAGAAAACCUUGCAGACGACGUUAUUCACUUCAUGGACAAAAAUCACAUCACAAUGGCUUCUUUAGUAGGCUGUGGAUUCGGAGGAAGAGUUGCCAGCAUAGCAGGAAUCCUCAAAUAUCACAGAAUUACCUCAGUUGUAGGACUUGAUUAUUCUCCAAUGGACUUAACAAAGCACGCUGCUUAUAAAGAGCUCAAAGCAGCAAUUGAAUUUUGUGCACAGCUGGACUUGACUGGGAAAAGCAAAAAUGAAGUAGAUGCGAUUUUAAAGAAGAAUGUGCCAAAUCCAAGACUUUUGGUAGCAUUGAGGGCAAAUUUGACAGAAGGAGAUGGAAAUAAACUGUUUUGGAAGAGCGGAAUGAAAGAGCUAGCUAAGAAUAUGAACGCCAAAGACCCUAAUCUGAACAUUGGAAAAUUCCCUAUGGUAGGGCUGUUUCCAGGGAGGGCGCUAUUUUUAUAUGCAGAACGUUCGCAAUGGGUUCAUCAAGGAAGCAAUACUAUCCCAAUGUACAACAUUUUCCCUAUCCUAAAAGGAUCAUAUGGCUCAUUCAUCAACCAUAUUGACACUGACUGCCACCACUUGCACGAGUGCUCAGAUGUCCAUUCCAUUGCAAGAAAAAUUCAUGAAUUUUAUAAGUGGUAUGAUGGGGUUCAUCCUACCCUGCUGAAUAGAAGUGAAAUCGGAAAAGUCGCUUUGCCGUUGAGAAGCUUUAAUACUAUAACUAAAGAAGAGAGAGAACAUCUUAUUAAUGUAGGAGAUCCAACUAUACCAAAGAUGAUCCCAGUUCAUAGACACCAUAAUUGGGGAUAUGCUCCUGAAGCAAAAAACAUUCAUUAUCCUUACAUCCCCCCUCCGUAAGUGAGUAAAAAAAUUUUGUUCGCUCAAAGAGUAGAGUUAAUUUUUGAUUUUUAAGAAUUUAUAUAUAAUUGUAUAAUUUUUUUUUUGAAAUUUAAUUAAAUUAAAUUAAUUUAAUUUGUAAUUUAUGCUUUAAAAUGCAAGCUGAUUAAAAUUAAACAGAUUUAGCUAGUAAUUACAUUAUAAUAAUUAUCACUUAUAUAUCAAAUUUUUUAUUACAAAAAAAAUUUUGUUCACUCACGGAGGGUGGAUUUUUCCAAUGGUUUUGCUCUCUCACGGAUGGGGAAGCUAACUCCCCCUCCCCCCUCCGUGAGCGAACAAAACCAUUAGAAAAAUCGCCAUUUUUUGACCAAAAACCCACCCUCCGUGAGCGAACAAAAAUUUUUUUAAUAGAAAAAAUUUUAAUGGAAAAAAAUUUUGAUAUAUAAGUGAUAAUUAGUAUAAUGAAAUCUAGAGCUAAUUCUGUUUAAUUUUAAACAAAUUGCGUUUUAAAACAUAAAUUUUGCAAAUUAAAUUAAUAUUUGCUUCCCAAUUUUUGCAAAUUAGGAUUUUUUUAAAUUCGAAAAAAAAAUAUUUUUUAUAAAUUUUUAUAUAAAAUUUUUUUAAAAAAAAAAAUUAACCCCCCUCCGUGAGUGAACAAAAUUUUUUUGUUCGCUCACGGAUGGGGAAGCUAA